GCUGUCUUUGAAAGCCUUUGUUUUAGCAAGAUCUGCUUCCACUUCUCUCUCUGUGUGGUCAUAAGAGACGCGUGUUGAAUCUCUUUGGAUUUUUCUUUUUUCUUCUUCUCAUUUUGAUUCUCUAUAGGAAAGAAAGAAAGAGAGAGAGAGAGAGAGAAUAAAAGAAAAAGUUCCCAUCUUUGAACAGAGAUCUGGGAAUUUUCCCAUGCACAGAAGAAUUAUUGACAGAUGGGAAAAAAAGGAGGCUGGUUCUCUGCUGUGAAGAAAGUUUUGAGCCCUGAGUCCAAGAAAGAUCAGAGAACUCCAAAAUCAAAGAAGAAAUGGUUUGGGAAAAGCAAGGACUUGGGGCCAGUUCCUUUGCCUGAAGAAACUGAAGUGACUGCUCCUCCUCUUCCUCCUCCCACUGAAGACGUCAAAUUAGCAGAAGCUGAAAAUGAACAGAGCAAACAUGCCUACUCCGUGGCUCUUGCCACGGCCAUGGCUGCAGAGGCGGCGGUUGCAGCUGCUCAGGCGGCUGCUGAAGUUGUCCGCCUCACUUCUGUACCACGCUACCCGGGAAAGUCAAAGGAGGAAAUAGCUGCCAUCAAGAUUCAAACUGCAUUUAGAGGAUACUUGGCUAGACGAGCUUUGCGAGCUUUGAGAGGGUUGGUGAGGCUGAAAUCAUUGAUCCAAGGGCAAUCUGUCAAGCGGCAAGCAACUAGUACAUUAAGAUGCAUGCAGACUCUUGCUCGUGUGCAGUCUCAGAUUCGUGCGAGGAGGAUUAGAAUGUUAGAAGAGAACCAGGCUCUUCAGCGGCAGCUGCAACAGAAAUGUGAGAAGGAGCUCGAGAAGUUGAGAGCUUCUAUGGAAGAAGACUGGAACGAUAGUACACAGUCCAAGGAGCAAAUUGAUGCAAGACAACAGAAUAAGCAAGAAGCGGCCAUGAGAAGGGAAAGAGCAUUGGCUUAUGCAUUCUCUCACCAGCAAUCGUGGAAGAACUCUUCAAAGUCAGUGAAUCCAACAUUUAUGGAUCCAAAUAACCCCCACUGGGGUUGGAGUUGGUUAGAGAGAUGGAUGGCAGCCAGGCCAUGGGAGAAUCGAAGCACAACAGACAACCAUGACCGUGGCUCAGUUAAAAGUAUGGGUGCCCGUUCAAUGUCUAUAGGUGAAAUCAGCAGAGCUUAUUCUCGAAGAGAUCUUAACAAUGAUAAUAAGCCAUCUCCAACCCCCCCAAAAUCAAGUCGACCUCCCAGCCGCCAAUCCCCUUCAACUCCACCCUCCAAAGCACCUUCUAUUUCAUCAGUUUCUAGUAAAAUAAAACUGCCAAGCCCAAGGGGGAGCCAAUGGGGAGGUGAUGAGGACUCAAGGAGCAUGCUCAGUGUCCAGUCUGAGCGCUACAGGAGACACAGUAUUGCCGGCUCAUCAGUGAGAGAUGAUGAGAGCCUUGCAAGCUCACCUGCAGUUCCGAGUUACAUGGCACCAACACAGUCAACAAAGGCCAGGUCCCGGUUGCCAAGCCCAUUGGGAUUAGAGAAAAAUGGGACACCGGAUAGGGGAUCGGCAGGCUCUGCAAAGAAGCGGCUCUCAUUCUCUCCAUCCCCAGCUGGGAAUAGGAGACACUCUGGUCCUCCCAAGGUGGAUAUCACCCCUGUUAAGGAUAUUAAAAUGCACAAAGAAGAGAAACUGAGCAACGGAGGAGGCAGGUAAUACGGUGGAAACAAAAGAACUUCGGGUUUAAAUACAAAUCCAGAAAACAAAGAAGAAAUCGAAUAAAACAUGUCCUCUUGGUCUUCCUUAGCAACUGCUUCCUGAUAAUAGCUGCAACAACAAGAAGGGUGAAUAAAAUGGGGAGGUGGGAGGGUUUCCACUCAUAUAUCCACACAUAUGCUGGUGUCUUUGUGAUCUUGUUCCUCUUUUGCUCAUCUACCUCUCUUCUUUGAGUUGUUAUUUAGGAUUGGUUUUGGGGUUGAAGAUUAGUUUAUGAUGUGUUUGUUUGUGUUGUAUCAUGGACAAAGAUUCAAUAAUUCUAAUAUAUUCUUUUCUUUUUUCUUCUU